UUUGGCCAACAGGAGGCGCAUUCCAUUUGACCUGAGCGCGAGAGGGAAGCAAAUGCAUAGCUGUGGUUCACGAAUAGCGAACAAGAUUAGACGGCUCUCCGAAGCUCAGGAUGGCGAGUCUCUUCACCAUAUACUCUUGAUUCAGGAGGAAAUACGAACUUCUCUUUUACCAGUGUUUGAAUCCGCUGCACUAUCUGAGCGUCUCUUUCGCUUGAGGGGGAACUGAAAUGAAGGCAGAAGGCAACUCGUGUGUGAAUUACUAUUGGAUACAGUGAAGUCAAGGACGUUCAGUACAUGGCUUUUCCGUCGGUGUACUACCAUAAAGCUUAGGGCCACCGUAGUUAUUUGGUCAAGGAAAUGUGAGGACUUGGAUGCAGCUCGAGACUGAUGAUGAGUUGUCCCUAAUUCCUGUUUUACAUGAAGUCGUUAAACUAUCAAACUGCCUCAAGACAAAGGAAAGGAAACGGUCUCAAUUAAUUGUGGGCUACAUUGUAACAUUUCAAGCUGUUAUUAAAUGCCACCCUGUAUUGUAUUUCUAUGUCUGCUGAGUAGAGGAAUAAGCACGCGCUCUUGAAAAACAGAGGGAAUGGACCAAUGAACUUUGAUUUUGGGCACCACCGAUGAGGACGCCAGCAGUGAAUUGACGAGCCACACAUAGAAGCCCCCCUCCCCUCCCUCUGUCCCUACCCCUCCUUCUGACCCCUCUCCCCCCACCCCAGACUCACCAUGCUGAUCAAGGAGUAUCGGAUCCCAAUGCCAAUGAGCGUGGACGAGUACCGCAUCGCCCAGCUCUACAUGAUCCAGAAAAAGAGCCGGGAUGAGACCUGUGGCGAGGGCAGCGGAGUAGAGAUCCUGGAGAACAAGCCGUACGAUGACGGCCCAGGGGGAAUCGGCCAGUACACCCGCAAGGUUUACCACAUCGGCAUGCACAUCCCCAGCUGGUUCCGCUCUAUCCUGCCCAAGGCAGCGCUCCGGGUGGAGGAGGAGUCCUGGAACGCCUACCCCUACACCCGCACAAGGUACACAUGUCCCUUUGUUGAGAAGUUCUCCAUUGACAUUGAGACGUACUACAAGCCAGACACAGGGAACCAGCCAGACGUCUUCAACAUGUCCCCAGUCGAGAAGAGGCUAAGGACUCUGGACCCCAUCGACAUUGUCAAAGAUCCCAUCCCCCCACAUGAGUACAUGCAAGAGGAGGACCCUCGGAUCUACAGGUCAGACAAGACCAAGAGAGGCCCUCUGCAGGAGGACUGGAUCGAGGAGUACAACAACAACCCGGGGAAGACGCCCAUCAUGUGUGCUUACAAACUGUGCAAGGUGGAGUUCCGCUACUGGGGCAUGCAGUCCAAGAUAGAGCGCUUCAUCCAUGAUGUAGGGCUGAGGAAGGUGAUGGUGCGGGCCCACCGGCAGGCCUGGUGCUGGCAGGAUGAGUGGUACGGCCUGACCAUUGAGGACAUCAGACAGCUGGAGCUUGAGACCCAGCUGGCCCUGGCCCAGAAGAUGGCCCAGUUCAGCCAGGCAGAGGAGGCCACCGAAGCCAAUGGUGCUGCUUCAUCCCCAGACAAGAACCAGGAGGCCAAAGAUACCAUUAGCUCCUUAGAAACUGAGGUGGUCAGUGCAGGGGGCGGGGGAGACACUCUCCAAACAAAACGAGCAGGGCUCACCAAGCAGUGGUCCACCUCCUCCAGAUCCUCCCGCUCAUCCAAGAGAGGAGCGAGCCCAUCACGCCACAGCCUCUCUGAAUGGAGGAUGCAGAGCAUAGCACGAGACUCCGAGGACAGCUCAGAAGAGGAGUUCUUUGAUGCUCACGAGGACUUGUCAGAUGAUGAACAGGUUUUCCCCAAGGAGAUCGCCAAGUGGAACUCCAAUGACCUCAUGGACAAGAUUGAGGCGGCUGACGCAGAAGACAACCCUGGAGAGCUGUACAAGGAUAUGGCAGGGGACUAUGAGAGGGCAGCCAGCGAGGAGAGACUAGAUGAGGACCUGUCCUCCCAGCAACGUCUGCAGCCUUCUAAGAUUCAUGUGCUGAUCCUGGUGUUACAUGGGGGCAACAUCCUGGACACGGGCGGAGGGGACCAGACCAGUAAGCAAGGCGACAUCAACACUAUCAGCACGGCCUUUGACGCAGUGAUGCGCGUGCACUAUCCCACUGCGCUGGGCCGCAUCGCCAUCCAUCUGGUUCCCUGUCCCGCCAUCUGCGCUGAGGCCUUCUCCCUGGUGACCAAUCUCAGCCCAUACAGUUAUGAUGAGAGCUGUCUGUCUAGCAGUCAGGACCACAUCCCCCUGGCUGCCCUGCCUCUGCUGGCCACCUCCGCCCCCCAGUACCAGGAGGCUGUGGCCACCGUCAUCAUGAGAGCCAACCAGGUGUACAAUGACUUCAUCAGGUCCCUGAACGGGGCAACCUUCUCUGGCCAGGUGUGCCUGAUUGGGGACUGUGUGGGAGGGAUCCUGGGGUUUGACGCAUUGUGCAGCAGCAACCAAACUAUUGGUGACAGCCAGAACAGCAGCCGCAGGGGCAGUGUAAUCAGCGUACAGGACCAGGACCUCCUCUCCCCAGGCAUCAUCAUAAACAGUGGGCACGGCUCUGCCUCUCCCACCCUGGAGGGCAGCCGCCACCUGAGCCUCAGCAACAUCGACAUCCCCCGCUCAGGAGGACCAGACGACUCCAAGAGACAGCAGCCGCGCAAAAGGAGUGGAGACUCCACAUACGAGCUGGACACCAUCAAACACCACCAGGCCUUCCUGACCAGCCUCCACUCCAGUGUCCUGCGGACUGACCCGUGCUCCCGCAGGUCCAGCAGCAGCACCUUCCAGGAUGCAGGCUGUCUGGGGAGGUUUGACUUUGAGGUGGCAGACUUCUUCCUCUUCGGCUCUCCUCUGGGCCUUGUCCUUGCCCUGAGGAAGACUGUCAUUCCUGUGCUGGAUGUGGCCCAGCUGCGCCCAGCUUGCCAGCAGGUCUACAACCUGUUCCAUCCAGCCGACCCCUCGGCCUCACGCCUGGAGCCCCUCCUGGAGAAGAAGUUCCACCUCCUGCCCCCCUUCAACGUACCCCGCUACACACGCUUCCCCCUGGGGGACGGCAACUCCGCUCUACUGGUGGAGACAGUCCAGAGCAACCCCCAGCUCCUGCUCGAUAGUGGGACCCCCCUCUCUUUCCGCUGUCAGGAACCUAUCAGCGAGACCUGCAUCCCUGUGCCCGUGCUAAACUGGCAGGAGGGCUCCCUCAAGGCCACACCUGCUGUUCUAGAGUCGGAUGUUGUUCAGUCUCAUGGUGGUGUCUUCAUGGACAGUUCGUACCCCUCCUCCCCCGUUACGGGCCCCCACUGCAGGGGCCUGCGCAGGGCCAGUGAGGUCAGCAUUGCCAGCCAGGUUUCAGGAAUGGCAGACAGUUACACUGCCACCAACAUAGCCAACACACAACCAUGCCAAAUUAACCAAACCAAAAAACUCAGCCUUUUGUCCCAAAUCGCCCUGACAUCACAAACCAAAUUAUCCCUGAGAAGCCCCCCUAAAUCCCAUAGAAAAGAAAGGACUGAUCCAGUCCGAGGAUCUACUGACACAGACAACGGGCCACAACCAGACCCAGAGGCAGACCCAGACGCUAACAGAGGUGUAAGCCCCUGUGGCUCUGGUCAGUUAGAGAGACACCUGUCAGCUGGCCUGGAUUAUACCAUAUAUGACCUGGUCUCCCUGGACUCCCAGGCAGAGGUGGAUCAAGUCGCAGCCCGUUGGUGGGGAACCAAGCGUAUGGACUUUGCCUUGUACUGCCCUGAUGCCCUGACAGCCUUCCCCACAGUGGCACUACCGCACCUCUUCCAUGCAUCCUACUGGGAGUCCACGGAUGUAGUGUCCUUCCUGCUGCGGCAGGUGAUGAGGCAUGAAAACUCCAGCAUACUGGAGCUGGAUGGUAAGGAGGUGUCAGAGUUCACUCCAUCCAAACCUCGGGAGAAGUGGCUCAGGAAGAGAACCCACGUCAAGAUCAGGAAUGUGACAGCCAAUCAUCGUGUGAACGAUGCAGUGUUCACAGAAGAUGGGCAGCAGAUUGUGACUGGCCGCUUCAUGUACGGACCUCUGGACAUGGUCACAUUGACAGGGGAGAAGGUGGACAUCCACAUCAUGACCCAGCCCCCAUCUGGAGACUGGGUGUACUUUGACACGGAGCUGACCAACAGCAGCGGCCGCGUGUACUUCAUCAUCCCAGAGAGCAAACGGCUGGGGGUUGGUGUCUAUCCGGUCAAACUGGUGGUCAGGGGGGAUCACACAUUUGCAGACAGCUACCUGACAGUGCUUCCCCAUGGGACAGAGUUUGUGGUGUUCAGUAUAGAUGGGUCAUUUGCUGCCAGUGUGUCCAUCAUGGGGAGCGACCCCAAAGUGCGCGCCGGAGCAGUCGACGUGGUCAGGCACUGGCAGGACCUGGGCUAUCUGAUCGUCUAUGUGACAGGGCGUCCAGACAUGCAGAAGCAGAGAGUGGUGGCCUGGCUGUCUCAGCAUAACUUUCCCCAUGGCAUCGUGUCCUUCUGUGACGGCCUGGUCCACGACCCACUCAGACACAAGGCCAACUUCCUCAAGUCACUCAUGGAGGCUCACAUGAAGAUCUUUGCUGGCUACGGUUCUACCAAAGACAUUUCCGUCUAUACCUCCAUCGGCCUCUCUCCCUCCCAGAUCUACAUCAUUGGCCGACCAUCCAAGAAGAUGCAAGCUCAGUGCCAGUUCAUUACUGAGGGCUAUGCGACCCACCUCUCUCAGCUGGAGUACAACCAGCGCUCUCGGCCACCAAAGACUAGCAGUUCCCGCAUGGUCCUACGGAAAGGCAGCUUUGGUCUGGGUGCAAAAAGCGACUUCCUGCGGAAGCGGAACCACCUGCUGCGCACCAUCUCCGCUCAGCCGGCCCCCAGCUCGUCCACCGGCAGCGGCCACAGCAGACCAGAGCGCACACAGAGCCAGUCAGACAGCCACAGCCACAGCCAGCACGGCCCGGGACCAGCCCAGCGCAGCAUGAGCAUGGCAGCAGGCUGCUGGGGCCGCAGUGGCAGCACAAAGCUGGAACCUGGGAUUUUCAACCCAAAGUAGGGUUAGAGAGGUAGAUAAGAGAGGGAGGAUAAGGAAAGUGUGUAAAGUUAGAGAAGAGGAUGAAAAUGAGAAAGGAGGGAAAGCCUGCAAAAUAAUAAAAUAAAUUGAAAUUGAGAUGACAAGUAAUUUCAAGAUGGGGAGAGAUGCUGAAAGUAGGCUUUCAAGGCUCUAUAUAUAGACAGGAAGUAGAAUGAGAGAAUACAGCAUUGAAAACCUUAGGUGCUACGAACCAGUCUUUGUAAAGCGACACCAUCAACAUACCUGAAUCAACAAAAAUAUACGGUCAGAGGCUCUUUUUACUUCAGACAGUGAUACAAUGGAGAAAAGCCUUUUAAGAAGCAUCUUAUUUAAGCAAGGAACAUGCAUGCACAACACACAAACCAUUGGCCAACAAUAGCAAAAGUUGCUAAAGAAAAAGUUGCAUAUUGUUUUAGUGUUUAUUUAUCAAUGUCUGUAAUACCAUAUCAAUAUACAUAGUGUGUGUCCUGGACUGGGGCUUCAGAGUGGAGCUGGUUCCAUUCUCUGGUAAUUCAGCGCCCCCAUGCUGCAGGUUUGGGUUAAGUCCUGAUAGAUCAAUGUUCCCCAUCUUCCACCCUGGGCUAUACAGGUGUGUUUUAUCCUCCUUGCACCAUGGCAGUCUACAGUCUCUCAGAACCACACAAAUACAGCCAAUAUAGAAUCAUGGCAUUUCUUCAGAUACUGCAAUACUCCCAGGUUUGUGUACCAAUUGCUCUUUGGUUACAGUUGAGAACCCAAUUAUUGUCUGUGCUAUCAUACAGAAUGUUACAUUAGCUAUAGGCCACUGCAAUCAUUACCUACACAACAGGUAUAUUUAUAGAUAUCACUUUCAGGUCAAACUUGUAUUACUGUAAGGUGAUGUGCCAAAGUAGGCCGUAUGAAAUUGUAUACUAUAUGUGAAGCGAUAAGCUGAAUCCAAGAUGUUCUUUGAGACAGGCUGAAACUGCUCUGUGGUCCUCGUUUGGGAUGAUUGAUUGUAUAGUUGAAGAUGAUCAAGGCUUGUCUAUAAUAUUGUUUGUUGAGCUGGGGUCAGGUCUACCAAGGGGCCCUUAUCUAGUAUCCUCUUCACACGGAAGAGAUUCACAUUCAGGAUACACUUUUUAAUUAUUUUUAGAUAGAUAUAAAUGUAUAUAUACUUUUUUUGUUUUAGUUCUGUUAACUACAUAGUGUUUCAUUUUCUAGGUUGUUUUCUCAAGCAAUCAUUCGCAGCAGCCAAUACACAGCAGAGGUAUUUGCCUUGCACAGUAUUGUAUUUCUACCAGAUUGACUGAUCAUGCAAAUCACAAGACUUGUAUUAAUGUAUCUGCUAUUAUUACAGUGCAUUCGGAAACUAUUCAGA